GAUGCAUUCAUUUAAACGCGAGUUUCCAGAGCGAGUAAAGCUUCGGUUUUUCCGUCCCGUCUUUUCUUUGGAAUUUGGAGAGUUUCAGAUAGCUUUGAGAGGGAGGGAGAAUGAGCUGUGCAGAGCUUUCUGGUGUUGAAUCUCUCAUGGUGAUUGUGAAUUGUUAGAGAAAGCCAGAUUGUGAGGAGGGGGGCGAGAAAGAGAGAUGAAAGAUCUGGGGAUCGCUAGCUGAUACGUUUUUUUGGUGGAUUGUGAGCCAUCGAAGCCGUUUUCAAUUCGAUGUUAGCGUUGUUAUUAUUAUCUCAGAAAUGGACAAAGGUCGAGACGUGAGGCGUGCACAGAGUCGGUUCUCGCCUGCCAAGCGACAGAUUAAGCAAUCGGUACACAAGCUCCUCUCUGGCUUGGAUGGCUGUGAGGGUCGUGGUGGGGACGCUGUUUUCCCGGAGAAACCAAAGAAAGAAAGGGUAAAAAAAUUGAGUGUUGUUGGUAGAGCCAAUUCCGUUAACGAAGACGUGGAAAUGGGUUGUUCUGGGACUUAUGGGUCUGAAGAAGAAGAAGAUCAGCAGCUUCGAUCCCAAGCUCCUAGUCCUGGCAGUAGCAAGAGAUUCAAGCUUCCCAAAAAGUUUUUUGAUGACUGCAAUGGCGUGGAUCAUUCCUCUGUUCCCCGGAAGCUUCGGUCAGCCAUGAAGAAGCGCGGCCGUGAAUCUGUUUCUCCGCCUUUGCCGGAGCCAAAGAAGCUGAACAAUGGAAUUAAUGAAGUUGACACUCCUCCAAAGGGUGGUGUAAAGAAAUCUAAACUGAACUUGAAGCAUGGUGGCUCAGACUGGUCUCAGAAGCAACCCAUUUCAGGACCAAUUACCAAAGAGGAGGAAGAAGCAGUGGAGUCCCUGUACGCAUUGGCAGGAAUGUUCCCGGACAAUGAUAAGACGGACAAUAAGGGUGAAUUGGUUGGCGAAUCAUCAGAAUCAAAGCCUUUAACUUUGCCAGAGGAGGGGGAGAGCCCUGCACCCGCAUUAGUUUCAGAAGAGGACUCUAAAUGCCUAACUGGAGCUGGUGUGGCUGCCAAUCCCUUGUCUAAUUCACUGGGAGAAACUGUGGAAAAAGUAAAAUCUUUGAACGAACCCACUGUUCAAGAACAGGGUAACAUUCCCACUGGCGAGCAAGAACAUACAGGAUCAGAUGGAUCUGUUCCUCAAGUGAAUAUACGAACAAUACCUUCCUUGUCCAAGGGUGAAGUCGCUGAUGAAAAGUUGGUACUCAGAUCUGUCAAGUUUGAUGUUCCAUACGAACAAAGCCUGGAUACUGGACUAAUGCAGUUAAAACAACAGGAGGCCCCUAUUCCUGAGACAAAACCAAAACCAGAGAUUGAGCAACAACAUACCAUCAAAGACAGCAGGAAAAAUGAUCUGGUAUUGUGGCCGGGCUUGUCAUCAACAGGGUCGAUUGGGACAGCAAUUCAUGGCCUGCCCUUACAUUCUUCAGCUAAAACUCAAGCUUGGCUGGAUAAUGCUACUGGCACUACAGGACCUAGUUCAUUUGGAAAUGGUGUCUCAACCGAAAAGGUUUCUAGAGUUAUGGUGCAUAAAAAGCAACCAUGGAAAAGAUGUGCAGCUCAUGUUCGCAUAAGUCGUCUUAUUCAGGAUUUACAAAAUUCAGAGAGAAAGGAAAGGUUGUCAAUGCAGCCAAACCAAUUGAGAACAGAUGAAGGAUCAAAGCAAGUAGGUUCUCUGGCAGGCAACAAUCCCAGUGGCCUGAGAAAUGGAUUGAAUGGAGUUGUUUCUGCUAACAGCAUAGGUGGUUCAGCCGUGGAGAACAAUUCAACUGAAGCUAGAAAAGAUAUUCUUCUGCAGCAGGGGCUCCAUCAAGAUCAGCAGCGGGCUCCUGCUUCUGGGACCUACACUUCUCAAAAGCAGAGUUACGAUUUCUUGUCUUUGUCGGCUGGAGGUGGUGGGGAAGCUAAUAAUAGUUCUAACAGAGCAGUAAAUGAUCUGGAACCCUCAUCUCAACUCCAUGUUCCUUACCUACAUCCACUUCCACAACAUCAUACACUUAUCCCCUUUUCUCUGCAUCAAACUCGCUAUUCUGCUUCUCCUUACCCAGAUCAGCUUUCAGCAGCCGCAGCAGCAGUAGCUCAGCAGGUGCAGCUGCAGCUAUCUCCAUAUCUCAGCAACAAUUUAUGUGGAUCCCCUCAUAUGGCCCUUUCAGGCUCAAAACAGCAGCAGCAACAGCAGCAGCAGCAGCAGCAACAACAACAGCAACAAAGGAUGUGGGCUCAGCUGGCAACUCAAUACAGACCGGCGGGUAUUUCUGCAUCCCAUAUUCCAAAUUGGCAAAAUGGAAGACAUGACCCAACCCCUCCAAUCCAAUAUGCUCAAGCCAUUCUCCCUCCCAGUUCAUCACUAGAAGUACUAGGCCCCAAAUAUGCUCCAAUCUCACAGCAACAGCAGCAGCAACUCAUUGCCAUUACUUCAUCCUUGUCACCUGCCAAGGCCAAAAGGCAGCACAACCAUCUCCCUUCAGGCUUAGAUGAGAACGGUGGUGGAUUCCGUUCCGACAGUGCCAUGCCAUUGCAGUUACUCUGCAACGAGCAUCUUUAAACUGGGAUAUUGUUUCAUUCUUUUCCCUUUUUUUCUUUCAUACUUUCAACUUGGUGCUCAACUUCGCCUGAUGAAGUGGGGAGAGAAGUGGGCAUGUGGUGGGUGGUGAUCCGCCAAAAUAUGGAAACCAGGAGGAGGAUUAAUGGAAUGCUAUCAGCUGCAGAGGCAAGUAAUCCAGGACCUUUGUAGUGUCAUCUUUUCGUGAGCGUAUUUAAAGCUUAUUAUUGCUCAUAACUAAAAGAAAAAGGUGUAUUGCCAAUAUGAAAGUAAAUUUUUAUUUUUCCUGUGCCUUA